AUGAGUUCUACAACCACUGAUACUGCAACAAGUACUUCCAGUAGUUCUCCUUCAGAGACUUCCACAAGUGGGAAUUUUUCAUUUAUCGGAAAUACUCCAUCAUCAGUACUAUUUUUUUUAGCUUUGGGUGUUGGGGUUUUCAUUGCUUCGUUAUUCUUAUUUUUCACUGUCAGAUAUUUUAUACGAUCAAAAUAUGGUUUACACAUAUAUCCAGUAUCUCAACGAAGUAUAUUUGCUAAUAGUUCAUUAAAUACAACUAAUUUAUCAAUGAUGUACCAUACCAAUACUGAAUUGCAAGAACAAUUAGAAUACGUUCGUAGAAACCAUUUCAUCCGAGCCGAUGUUUUAGAUCGUCGAUUGAAUAAUCGAAGGAGAAGACGGAGAAGAAGAAGAAAUAGAUUUGCUAAAAUGAAGAAAAUUUCCGAACAACAAGUUGAAUCUUUAUUCCCCAGAAAGACCUACAAUGACUGGUUAAAUGGUGGUAAAGAAAGAGAUUAUGAUAACAGAAAUGGUAAUUUACAAGAAGAAGGUUACGAUAAUGAUAGUCAUGAUGAACAAUUAACCACUCGUAAGACAAUUACCACUAGUUCCGAGACCGAACAAGAAAUUCAACCUGAAGAAAUCGAAUUAACUGAUUUACAUCCUAACAGUGAAAUAGUUGAAGACUUGCAUUUCACUUCCGGUACUUGUGCUAUUUGUUUGGAAGUCAUUGAAGAUGAUGAUAUUGUUAGGGGAUUAUUAUGUGGACACGUAUUCCAUGCUGACUGUUUAGAUCCUUGGUUAACUAAGAGAAGAGCUUGCUGUCCAAUGUGUAAAAGAGACUAUUAUUACAAAGAUGAGAAUGAAAAUGAUCCCAACAGAACAGAAAAUAGUGAAGAACACGAAGGAGAAAAUGAAGAUAACCAGAAUGAAGAAGAAAACGAAGGAGAAAACGAUGAAACCCUUGAUUUUGAAGUAUUUAGAAACGAUCCUACCCUCAGAGCAAUGUUGCAUGAGUUGAUACCCAUUCCCGAAAGAGUCAGGAUGAUUCUAAAUGAUGAAUCUUUAGCACAUCUAAAUUUAGAAGUUUCUGCUCAAGAGUUGGCAAAUCAAAAAUACAGUAACAUCUUCAAAAUCAUUUUCUGGAAGAUAAUGGGGAUUUCAAAGAAAGAUUUAUUCAAUUAUGGUGUUUUGACUGCAAGUCACAACUACCGAUUAGAACAAGAGAUCAGAGAAAAUUCCAAUCAACCAUUACCUGAUUUGGACACACCCAAUCCCGAAAUGGGAUCCAUUAUUGGUGUCGACGCUAAUCAUGAAAUCACAAAUACUGUACAAACUCCCGCUUCAGGUAAUGUUUCUGAGAAUAAUCUGGCUGGUAAUGUUGAUGCACAAGACGGAUCAGACCAAAGAUCUCAAAUAACUCCGCGUACGUCUCACUCACCUCAAGCUUCCGAAGAACAAGAUCUUGGAAGUCUUGGAAGUGUUUAUACAGCACCUUCCACCAGAGAUGUGGUAGAGAACAGGGUUUAA